CAAAUAAAUAAGAAACGGCAACAAUCGACCACAGCUCUUUUCAAAAGUUCAAAGUUAGUUCAAAAGUUGCUUCCAAUGGCUGCCACUAUUCUUGCUUACCGGCAUGUUCUGGCAUGUUAUGUUUGCUUCAUUAGCUUGAAUUUAUUGGAUCGGGUACAAGGAUUUGUGUUUCCCGUGCUUCCAGUUGGGAAGCCAAAUCCUGCCGAGCAUCGACCAGCCGUGUUAAAUUCCCACCACUCGGAUACCGGCAGUGCCAUCGCCACUGGAAUAAGUAGUAGCGUCAGUAACUCCUCACUCCUGCAAGAUCGAACAGUCAAGGAAUUAUGGCAACUCUUGGAGGAUGCUGAUCGAGUGGAACCAGGGUUAAAGUCACAACUAAGAAGGAAACAAGAUAUCAUUGACUACAUUGAGCAGCAACCAGAACAUCUACAGGAAGAUGCUGAUGAAAAUCCACCAAUCCAGGAACAAGAUGAAGCGAAGGAAGAGGGGAUCAAUGAUGCAUCAUCACUUGGUGAACCGGAAGGUGCAACGGAAGAGUCUGUUGAGUUAUCAUCGUUUGAUGGGCAUCUGAGCUCGAAUCAGGCUGCUGAGGUUGACAAUGUUGAUGACAAUGAUAACGAUGCACCCAGCAUCGCCGACAAUAGACCGUCCAAUAUUGAUCCAGAUAUUGCAGAAAAGAUACCUCCGUUCUUGGCAGAAAAAAUGACACACAAGGGGAUUCAGUCUCUACUUCCCAUUCAAGUAGAAGCCUUCCAGCGGAUCUUUGAAGGAAAGGACGCGGUUCUUCAGGCACCCACAGGCUCGGGAAAAACUCUUGCCUAUGUUCUGCCAUUGGUAUCCCGAAAACCAACAGGCCGACGAAAAAAGGUGGCGGCACCGUUGGUGUUGGUUCUGGUACCCUCUCGAGAAUUGGCACGACAAGUGGGAAAGGAAUAUUCAAAGUACCUGCAACAAUCUUCCUAUGUGACCACGGUCUACGGGGGAGUGCCCCUCGAGCGCCACAUUGGUCAACUCAAAAAGAACAAACCACUCGUCGUCGUGGGCACUCCGGGACGAUUGCGAGAAUUGGUGCGAGAGGGACACCUGGAUUAUUCCCAAAUCACGACACUUGUGCUAGAUGAGAGCGACACGUUAUUGGACAGGGCAGACAGUCCCGAUGUUCGAGCCAUUCUGGGAGACUUGGAAACGGCCAUUGAACAUGCACCAGAGCGUAGCGACAAUCCAGAGUACCAGCUGCUACUCGUGUCGGCCACGAUGAAUCAGCACGUGGUCGAGUUUGCUCGAGAGUUGGAGAUUCCAUCCAAAGCGCUGAUCUGUGUCGAGGGCAGUGCCAGCAAAGUCCUAGUAGAGCACUCCUCCUCGUCGUCGUUCAGUGACGAAGAACAACAGCAACAAUCUGCCAAAGAAUCAACGACGACAGCAACCAAAUCGAACGAAAGAACCACCAUCGGCGACGUUCCCUCGGUGCAACACUGGCACAUGUCUUGCAAGGCAAACGUCCGACCGUCCGUUGCCCUGGACUUGAUAUCUAUCAUGGCUCCCCGUUUGACGAUCGUCUUUGUGGCGUCCAAACUGGAGGCAGAGAGCGUGGCAUCCUUUCUGUCCACAAAACUGCGAGGCGUCGUCCGGGUCUUGCAUGGGGACAUGGUACAAAGCGCAAGGUCGCGAAACAUUGCGUUGAUUCGAGAAAUGACAGAGGCAGGACGAGGCGACAACACUCAGCAGGUUCUCGUAGCGACAGAUGUGGCAUCCAGAGGGAUUGAUUUGGCUGUCGAUCUUGUCGUUCAAUUUGGAGUGCCGAGAAUCUCGGGAAAAGAUGGCACCUUCAGCACAGAGCUUUACACUCAUCGCACUGGUAGAACGGGAAGGUUCAGUAGUGAAGGCCCACAUUCUUCUGUCAACGCCGCCAAUGCGGUCCUGCUGUAUGAUCCUGCGGUAGGAGAAGGGAAGUUGAUACCAAUUCUGGCCACAGAAGUACGCCAAGAACUUGGCAUUGAAUUGCAACCAAAGCAAUUGCCUUCUUCCGCCGAGGUAGUGGCGGCAGGAUACGAACGGACCAAGCAAUCUGUAUCACUAGGGGAUAGUUCUCCCUUCGACAAUGAUCUAUUCAGCUACUUUCGGCAGGUCAUUGAAACGGAAGAAGGAGUUGACACGUCCGACCCUGAACAAAUGUUGGAGUACUUGUCAAGAGCCAUGGCACUUCUGUCCAACUUGGACCCGGCAAUUUCACCUUUCCGUCCUCAUGCCUCGCUCUUGUCUGGAAACGAUGCAGACCGAACUUUGAGACUCUAUCGAAACGAUCAAACGCCAUUUACUCCUCCUGAAGUCAUCAAAAUUUGCAAACAAUGGGGCUCUGGAAAACUGGGGCGAGUGGUUGUCUGCCAAGAUGGUUCUGCUGUGUUUGAUCUUCCCCGGAAGCGGGCAAUGAGGUUGUUGGAAUCCGCCCAUGGCUCCCCUGAUGAUUCCCAGCUCGAGUUGCCCUUGACACUGCCCGAUUUGUGUUCGUGACUGCCCGGUGAGUGUAGUACCCCCUUUAGAACGGGCACUGUGGCUUCGGAGCUGUCUGCACGCAAUGGCUUGGUCGGAAAAACGCGAACUGUGCACAGCACCAAUUUAAGGCUGCUACCUGGAACCGGUACCUGUGCACGGUGGCCAUCGACGAGAACAUCGGAACGCCAAAGCUAGUCUCAAGAGAAGCUUGAGACAAAACUGCUCGUGGAAACCUAAGUAAUGUGAAACCGUUGAAAGUCAGGCACUGACAUUGUACGCUGCACAACUAAGCUUUAUUUCUGCAAUCUACGCAUCCAUGAAUCGUGUAUAUUUUUGUUUGCCCU